ACGUAGUCGUAUCAAUAAAGGACUAAGGUCUCUCACCACCACCUUCAUGUUCUCCACUCAGCUUGAGAUGCGGUUGCCUUCAAUUUUAAAAACCCACAGCUGAAGAAAAACGCCAUUCUCUCUCUCUCUAUCACUCGAGCUUCCGUUUCCCGGCGGAUCACAAUCGGAAUCUUAACCGUCGUUGUUGCGAAGCGAUCUUACGAUGUUUGACGGUAUCUUAGGCCGCGGAUUCGCUCCCAAGGGGAAGCCACUGAUAAAACUGACGAAGAAUCGGAUCGAUGUUCUUCGGAGGAAGAGGACCGCCACGAUCAAGUUUCUCAAGGGAGAUUUUGCCGAUCUUAUCUCUAAUGGCCGUGACGUCAAUGCUUAUACCAGGGCGGGAGGGCUUCUUGAUGAACUAAGGCAUCUCUGGAAUCUUGAUUUCGUCGAGAGCACUUGUGAUUUCGUGUAUAAGCAACUCUCUACGAUGCAGAAGAUGGAGGAAUGUCCAGAAGAUUGUCGUGAAGCUGUGUCGUCGUUAAUGUUUGCAGCCGCUGGAUUUUCUGAAUUGCCUGAGCUGCGUGAGCUGAGGCAGAUGUUUCACGAGAAGUACGCAGAUUCACUUAGUGUGUUUGUCAAUCAAGAGCUUGUUGAGAAUAUGACAUCAAAGCCAUUUUCUUUGGAGAAGAAAGUGAAGUUGAUGGAAGAUGUUGCAUCGGAGUAUGCUAUUCGUUGGGAUUCUAAAGCUUUUGAGAAGAGGAUCUUGAGGCAAAAUGGUAGUUCAGUAAAGGAUACCACUCACGAGAAGCACAAGUCUUUAGACGGAAGCGUGGCCUUGCCAUCAGAAAGGAAAAAGGAUGUUGCAUCAGAGAGAAGGGAUCCUUUCUUUCGACCGGAUAAUUAUCAGAAUGGUCUCAGAGAACAUCAGCGUGGGCUAGCAUCUAAAGAUAAGUCAGAUGAUGUUCGUCACGCCUCCAGAUCGGAUAUCAAGGAUGACAGGGCAGAGAGAAAAGAGUUCCAUUUGCAACCUAAGCACAAAUCUUCCAGAGGAAGACCUCAACCUAUUUUUAACGAAGGUGACACUAUAGUGAUGAAGAUCAAACGUGAGAAUCUCGUUCAAGGGGUUGGACAUCAAAAUGGUGAAGCUGCUGCAGCGCCUAAGAAAACAGAGGUGACAGAGAAACACAAGCGUAGCAGCACCAAAACAGAAGAUAAGUUAGUUCUUGGCUUUAAGCAAGAAAGUUUCUUCAAAGGCUACAAACAUGAGGAUGGUGAAGAGCAUGCGCCUCAGAAAGUAGAAGAUAACCUCUCAAUGCCUCCAAAGCCAAGGUCGAAAAGAACACCAUCUAUAGAUUCAGUCCGUAGACAUCGCAGCGAUCACGAGAGGAGAGAAAACACAGUUCCUGUGCGAGAGGGCACAGAAAAAAAUUCACCUGCUGGUAACAUCAAGGGUGGUGGAGAUGGAUAUGAUCCAGCAAGGAAGUUUGAGGAGCGAGAAACAGAGAGAAUGAUGAAGUCCCUUCCCCCACCUCCGUAUGUUAAACCGAAUGGUAAAGCAAAGAUUGAAAAACCUGAAGCUUCAGCUUAUCCAAAGGCUCGGUUUGAUGGUGAAGAAGGAAAGUGUCCAGACACUGAUAAAAAGGUUUCUGAAGCAGGUCAGCAUCAAGUGAAUGACAGAGAUGAUCAAUCUCUGAAGCGGCGAUCUAGUAGAAGAAAACACAUUGUACAAACGGGUGAUGGAGAUGAUACAAGAAGCAGCAGAAGAAGGGAACACUCAAGGAAAGGCCUUCAAGUCUUAGUAGAUGAAGAUGAGAAGGACAGUGAGGAAAAGAUGAUGGAUAAACUUCUGAUGCAUUACAGUAAAAAGCCUUCAAGUUAUGAAGAAUCUAAAAGCAGACGUUCACAUCAUAGAAAAGCAGAAGGUGAAGAGAUUCAUCAUCCCGCUCGGUCACUCAGUCUCCCCAGUGAACAAUUUGCCGGACCAUCUGAACCCGCAAAGACGUUUGCUCGUGCCGCCUCGUUUCAGCCAGAACGUAGUGAAGCUAAGCACGUUCACCCCAAGUUACCUGACUAUGAGGAUUUGGCUGCCAGAUUUGCAGAGCUAAAAGGAAGGUAAAUGUUUUGAGCAGUUUAUGAGCUUAGAGAAACAUAGUGUCUGUUUGGAGAUCACAUAUUCUAUUACCCAUUAGUAAUGGGCCAUUACUCACUUCUUACUAUUACUUUCCCAUUGUUGGUCUGACACAUUGUUAUUGACCCCAAAGAGUUAUUGAUCAUUUGUUUGCUA